UGAUAGAGAUUUAGACAGAAAGAGAGAGAAAAGCUCUGGUGAGAGAAAAAUAAGAACGGUUUGAUACACUGAAUUCUUUUUAUUUUUAUUUUUAUUUUUAAGAAAAAAAGAGGAAACUAUUCCCAAAUUUCUCCCCUCACUCUACACACACAUCAAUAUAUCUAUACAUCUAGAGAGAGAGAGAGAGAAAGAGAGAGAAAAUCUGAAUCCUCAUUUUUAUUGUACUAAUCGAUGUUGUAUAUACACACGGACUGAAAAAUGGUUGAAUCUGAAUACAACCUUCCGCUGCUGAAGCUCCGAUCUUCUUCAAUUCCUUAACCCUAAAUCGUCGUUUCUGUUUUUUUUUUUUUGGUUUUUCCUUUUUUCUUUUUCUUAAUGAAGUGAAAAUAGGGAGGAAAAAGGGAAUUAGUGGUUGUCCUUUUUGAUAUUUUUUGAUUAUUGCUUUCUUUGUACUUUUGAUUGUUUCCUAUUGUUGAGAAGAAAUGAGCAGCGGUGAUGGUGGAGAGGUGGCAUCAGCUGCGGCGGGUCCACCUACGCCGCUAGAAUGGAAAUUCUCUCAGGUCUUCGGCGAGCGAACGGCCGGCGAGGAAGUUCAAGAAGUGGAUAUCAUAUCUGCCAUUGAGUUUGAUAAAACUGGUGACCAUCUGGCUACUGGUGAUCGUGGUGGAAGGGUGGUGUUAUUUGAAAGGACAGAUAUGAAAGAGCAUGGUGGAAGUCGAAGAGAUUUAGAGAGGAUGGACUAUCCAGUUAGUCGACACCCAGAGUUUCGUUACAAAACCGAGUUUCAGAGCCAUGAGCCUGAGUUUGAUUAUCUCAAGAGUUUGGAGAUUGAGGAGAAAAUCAACAAAAUUCGAUGGUGCCAGAUGGCUAAUGGUGCCCUCUUUCUUCUUUCUACUAAUGACAAAACCAUUAAGUUUUGGAAGGUCCAAGAGAAGAAAAUCAAGAAAGUUGCUGAUAUAAAUGUAGACCCAUCUAAAGCUGCUGGCACCGGUGGUAUUGCAAGUUCUAGUGUUUCUUCUAGUCCUAAGCCGUAUCUUGCUAAUGGUGGCUGUUCAGAUCGACCUUACAGUUCUUUGAGCAAUGACUUGUCCUUUCCACCUGGGGGCAUCCCCUCACUCCGAUUACCAGUGGUAGUGACAAGCAGUGAGACCAGUCUUGUUGCAAGAUGUAGGAGAGUAUAUGCUCAUGCGCAUGAUUACCAUAUCAAUUCCAUCUCUAAUAACAGUGAUGGUGAGACAUUUAUAUCAGCUGAUGAUCUCCGAAUAAAUCUUUGGAACUUGGAAAUAAGCAAUCAAAGUUUCAAUAUUGUUGAUGUGAAGCCAGCAAAUAUGGAGGAUCUGACUGAGGUGAUAACAUCAGCAGAAUUUCAUCCUACCCACUGCAACAUGUUAGCAUAUAGUAGUUCAAAGGGAUCAAUUCGUCUCAUUGAUUUGCGACAAUCCGCAUUGUGCGAUUCACAUUCUAAACUAUUUGAGGAGCAGGAGGCGCCUGGCUCGAGAUCAUUUUUUACUGAGAUAAUUGCUUCAAUUUCAGAUGUUAAGUUUGCAAGGGAUGGCAGAUAUCUACUGAGUCGUGAUUACAUGACCCUUAAGUUGUGGGAUAUUAAUAUGGAUUCUGGUCCGGUGGCGACCUUCCAGGUUCACGAGUAUUUAAGACCCAAGCUGUGCGACUUGUAUGAAAAUGAUUCCAUUUUUGAUAAAUUUGAAUGUUGCCUGAGUGGUGAUGGUCUUCGAGUGGCAACUGGUUCUUACAGCAAUUUAUUUCGCGUCUUUGGUUGUGCUGCGGGCAGUACUGAGGCAACUACGCUGGAAGCAAGCAAAAAUCCAAUGAGAAGGCAGGUCCAGACCCCUUCCAGGCCUUCCAGAUCCCUGAGCAGUAGCAUCACUCGUGUUGUGAGAAGAGGUGGAGAAAGUCCAGGAGCUGAUGCCAAUGGGAAUUCAUUCGAUUUCACAACGAAGCUGCUCCACCUGGCAUGGCACCCAUCUGAAAACUCCAUCGCUUGUGCUGCUGCAAAUAGCUUGUAUAUGUACUAUGCAUAGGUCGUCAGUAACUGAAAACUCGGUAAACAUUAUUGGGUUGCUAUUCGAGAAAUGCUUCUUUCAGCAAAUUGAGGCUCUAAUCCAACUGCUGCAUAAAUCUCUCUAGCACAGGCUUUGAACUUCAAGUUCCAUGGUAGAUUUGACAACCGGAGCAAUCAACGUGUCUUUGUAUCUGAGCAGACUGCCAUUCUUCACCCACCGCGUUUCUUUUUAUUGUUUUUUGCCCCUCUGCUCAAAGGAAUAGAUGCAAUUGUGUUCUUAUGUUUGCGUCGGGUAGAAGUCAGAAAGGAAUGUGAUUGUAGCUCUCCCUACAAACCAAAAAAAAACUAAAGAUGUCAUAUAUUGUCUGUAGAAUUAAGGUAAAAUGUAGUUCUUUUUCACAUGAAAAUCUUCUUGGAAAGGAGCUGCUGCUAACCUGCAGGCCAUUAAGUUUAUUAACUUCCAUGGGUAGCCUCGUACCUUUGCUUCGAUAUAUUUUAGGAUGAUUUUGGCUUAGAUUCUCAUCGUUUGAUGUUUCUCUCUUGUAAAAGUACUCAAGACUCUUUGGCUUCUAUUAAUUUGUACAAUAUAUUUUUCUUUUUUAACUAA